UGUGGAUAGCGGAACCCAUUCGUUGUCACAUAAGCAACAACAGUGGAGCGAAAAAUGGAGAACAAAACCUCAGGAAUGAGUGAGCGGUUCCACGUGAACUGCAGUAUGUCUGGAAGACACGGCUUCAUCUUCACCUUCAUUCCCGUCGUCUAUGGAUGCAAUUUUGUCAUAGGGGUCAUUGGUAAUAGCAUGGUGGUGGCUGUCCUCUACCGCUACAUGAAGCUAACAACAGUAGCGAACGUCUUUGUGCUCAAUCUAGCUAUAUCAGACCUUACCUUCCUCAUUACGCUGCCAUUGUGGGCCACUUUCACAGCCACGGGUUACCACUGGCCGUUCGGCACCUUUCUGUGCAAGGCAAGCGCAGGACUGGUCAUCUUCAACAUCUACACUAGCAUAUUCUUCCUCACCGCUCUUAGCAUUGACCGAUAUCUUGCUAUCGUGCAUCCGGUGCGCUCCAGACGGCAGCGCACACUUCUCUACGCUAACCUCACGUGUGUACUCAUAUGGCUGUUUGCCUUGCUCCUCAGUGCACCUACAGCGCUAAGCAGGAGUGUGUAUGACUAUGGGAACUCGACUUUGUGCGCUGUGUGGCACCACAGUGAGCAGAUACACUUCUUAGUUACCCUUAGCGUGCUAAAAAGCGUUCUAGGUUUUCUCGUGCCGUUCCUCGUCAUAAUCACCUGCUAUUGCCUCAUCGGUCGCGCACUACUGGAUUCCAGGGGUGUGUUGAGGAAAAGCGUUCGCUCUCGGGAGGAUGAAACAUUGCGGAUGAUAGCCGCUACUGUGCUAGCGUUCUUUGUUUGCUGGGCUCCUCACCAAGCUUUCCACUUCAUGGAGCUGCUGGCCAUGCUUGGCGUGGUGGAAAACUGCCAAACACUGGAUGUUAUUGACACAGCCAUGCCAUUUACCAUCUGCAUCUCCUAUUUAAACAGUUGUGUAAACCCCAUUCUUUAUAGCUUUGUUGGACAGAACUUUCGCAAGAACCUACUGAGGUUGCUAGGCUGUGGGUCUGGACAAACUAGCAGUCACUUUAGCAUUAGCUCAAAGAUGAAUGUCCAUUCCCAAUGUACCUCUGGACUGCUCAAUCCAACAAGCAACAAGAAUGAUCUAACACCCACUGUUAAGACAUCUUAGAUGGAAAAGGCAUUGCUGAAAUGUUGUAUUUUUCUGUGUUUUGGGGAUUUUAAGGUACUGCCAAAGCACAAUGCUAGUUAGUUAUGUUACUGUAUCAGUAACAGUUCUCAGAACUUAGAAUAAUAGAGCUCAAAUGUCUGUGCCUUUAGACUUUUCACAAAGAUGUGUUAUCCUGCAGGUAGUCCCUUGUGAAAAAAGCAAGUACACAUCAGCAUACUAGAAUACAUAUUACAGAAAUAGUAUAUUUUAGGAGAAUAUACUUCAGUGCAAACUGAAUUUCAUGUUUUCGUACAGUUAA